AUGUGUUUCGGAAGGAUCAAUCUCUUUAUCCAGACUUUCCUCCUCCUCUUCUCGCGACGCGAGGUGGAAGAUCGUGCCCUCAACUUCGCGGGGAUAUUGGUGUUCUGGACGUGGUUUCCGCUUUUGGUUUCUUGUCUACCAAACUGGCCUGAGAGAUUCUUCUUCGUCUUCACCAGCUUCGCCGUCACGGCGCUUCAGCAUAUUCAGUUCACCCUUAACCAUUUCGCUGCUGAUGUCUACAUGGGACCACCAAUGGGACAUGACUGGUUCGAGAAGCAAGCGGCCGGGACGUUGGAUAUCACGUGCGUACCUUACAUGGAUUGGUUUUACGGUGGGUUGCAGUUUCAGCUUGAGCAUCAUUUGUUUCCGAGGCUGCCGAGGUGUAAUCUGAGGAAAGUGGCUCCCGUGGUUCAGGAGCUUUGUAAGAAGCAUAAGCUUCCGUAUAGGGCUAUGUCGUGGUGGGAGGCGAAUAAGUUGACGGUUAGGACUUUGAGGAAAGCGGCUUAUCAGGCUAGAGAUAAGGCUAAUCCGGUGGUUAAGAACUUGGUUUGGGAAGCUUUGAAUACUCAUGGCUAA